AUGUUUGCAAAGACCAGAGCAGAGCAAUCCCAAGGUGCCUACUUCUUGCCUGAGUUUGCACUUUCUCCACAAGGAAGUUUCUUGGAAGACACCACGGGAGAACAGUUCCUUACCUACCGCUACGAUGAUCAGACCUCAAGAAUUACGCAGUCCGAUGAAGAUAAAAAAGGUGGCUGGGAUGCUUGGGGAGCUUGGAGCGAUUGCUCCCGUACGUGCGGAGGAGGUGCAUCCUACUCUCUAAGGAGAUGUUUAAACGGCAGGAACUGUGAAGGCAGGAAUAUCCGAUAUAAAACCUGCAGCAAUAAUGACUGCCCUUCAGAAGCUGGAGAUUUCCGGGCCCAGCAGUGUUCUGCCUACAACGAUGUCAAAUACCAAGGGCAUUUUUAUGAAUGGGUUCCUGUCUAUGGCGAUUCCAGCUCCCCAUGUGCCUUGAAGUGCCAAGCUUUGGGGAAACCCUUGGUGGUGGAGCUUGCCCCCAAAGUCCUGGAUGGCACUCGCUGUAAUGCCAAAUCCCUGGACAUGUGCAUCAGUGGGAUAUGCCAGGCUGUAGGCUGUGAUCGGCAGCUCGGAAGCCAAACCAAGGAAGACAAUUGUGGCAUCUGUGCUGGAGAUGGUUCGACGUGCAGGCUUGUGAGGGGACAAGUGAAGGUGCAUCUUUCGUCCGAAAAAAGGGAGGAAACUGUGAUUGCUGUACCACAUGGGAGUCGCAGCGCAAGAAUUAUCGUGAAGGGACCAGCACAUCUUGUGAUUGAAUCCAAGACAUUACAGGGAGACGUUGGAGAACACAGCUUUGAUGCCCCCGGAAUGUUCAUUGUUGAAAACACAACCGUUGAAUUUCAGAAGGGUUCAGAGAGAGAAACCAUAAAAAUUCAAGGGCCCCUUGGAGCUGAUUUCAUUAUCAAGACCAGGUACACUGCCCCGAAAGACAGCAUGGUUCAGUUCUUUUUCUAUCAACCCAUCAGUCACCAGUGGAGACAGACGGACUUCUUCCCUUGCACAGUGACAUGCGGAGGAGGUUACCAGCUGAACUCUGCCGAGUGUGUGGAUAUCCGAUCAAAGCGUGUUGUGCCGGAUCAGUACUGCCAUUACUACCCUGAAAAUAAGAAACCGAAGCCCAAGCUGAAGGAAUGUAACAUGGACCCCUGCCCAUCCAGCGACGGAUUUAAAGAAAUCAUGCCUUAUGAUCACUUCCAGCCUCUUCCUCGCUGGGAACACAACCCUUGGACUGCAUGUUCAGUUUCUUGCGGAGGAGGAAUUCAGAGGAGGAGUUUUGUCUGCGUAGAGGAGACCAUGCAUGGAGAGAUACUACAAGUAGAAGAGUGGAAAUGCAUGUACGCCCCCAAGCCCAAAGUCAUGCAAGCUUGCAACCUGUAUGAUUGUCCAAAAUGGGUAGCUUUGGAGUGGUCACAGUGCACUGUGACCUGUGGCCGAGGUUUACGUUACCGAGUAGUGUUGUGUAUUGAUCAUCGUGGGCAGCACACGGGGGGCUGCAAUCCUCAACUCAAACUACACAUCAAGGAAGAGUGCAUUGUGCCAGUCCCUUGUUACAAGCCCAGAGAGAAAAACCCUGUUGAAGCAAAGCUCCCGUGGUCCAAGCAAGCACACGAAAUGGAGGAGACAAGGACCAUCUCAGAAGAGCCAACGUUUAUCCCUGAGCCGUGGUCCCCGUGCAGUGCCUCUUGUGGUCAUGGUAUUCAGGUGCGUGAAGUGAAGUGCCGUAUUUAUCUCGCAUUUACUCAGACUGAGGUGGAGCUGCCUGAUGAUGAGUGUGAAGAAUCUAAGCCCCCCACUGAACGCGGCUGCCACCUGGAGUCGUGCGAUGGAGAUCCUGCACCUUCCAACCUGGGAUUGUCACAUUCUGAAGACACUGGUGUCAUCUAUGACUGGGAAUACAUUGGUUUUACCCCUUGCUCAGCCACUUGCAUGGGAGGGACUCAGGAAGCUAUUGCAGUGUGCAUACAUGAACAAACAAAGCAAGCGGUAAAUAACUCCCUGUGUGACAGUUCCAGGAAACCCCCUGCAAUGACUCGUGUGUGCAAUACAAGGGACUGCCCCCCAAGGUGGCAGGUGGGUCCCUGGAGGCAGUGCUCAGCCACUUGUGGCGUAGGCAUCCAGACAAGGGAGGUCCAGUGCCAGCAACCCGGAGGAGCUGCCGUUGGGCCUGAAAGCUGCAAAGAGGAGAGGCCUCAUGCCCUGCAAGCUUGCAACCAGGUGGAUUGCCCACCCGUUUGGCAUGUUGAGGAAUGGCAACAGUGUUCCCACACAUGCGGCAGAGGCACCCAGACCCGCAAAGUGACCUGCAGGCAGCUUUUGAUGGAUGGAAGCUCCCUGAAACUCCCUGACGACAGAUGCCAAGAGCCUAGAUUGUCUCCUCACAAACCUUGCGCCAAAACCGAUUGCCCCCCGCAACUGGUUGUGGGAGAGUGGUCUAGAUGCUCUGUCAGCUGUGGUGUUGGAAGUCAGAGAAGGAAAGCCACUUGCCAGAAGCUCACUGCUAAAGGCCAACAUGUUGCAUUAAAUGGAUCAGCGUGUAGUGGUCUCCCAGUACCCCAGCUUGUAAGGCCUUGUCACAUGAGCCCAUGCAACAGUGUGAGACAAGACACGACCCCCAAACUUUUGGGGAAAUAUGCUUCUCUGGGGCCGCAGAUUCUCAGUAUCCACAGAGUCUACAUACAGACAAGACAAGAGAAGCGCAUUAACUUUACUAUCGGGAGCCGGGCAUAUCUCCUUCCAAAAACAUCUGUUGUCAUUAAGUGCCCGGUUCGGAGGUUCCAGAAGUCACUUAUCCAGUGGGAGAAGGAUGGGCAGCGCCUCCAGAUCUCUAAGCGUCUCGGUGUUACCAAGUCAGGAUCGCUCAAGAUACACAGCCUUGAAGCUUUGGAUAUUGGCGUUUACAAAUGCAUUGCAGGCUCAGCACAAGAAACAUUUGUUCUCAAGCUGAUUGGCACGGACAACAGACUUAUAGAACCGCCUGCCUUGAGAAAACACUUGGGUGAGAGCAGCAGCACGGAACACAACGAGGCCAACAGCUUUGGAGCAAAGUGGCAUAAAAUGAGCCAGAUGUGGCAGCUGUGGAACCAGAAGAGCAAACAGUAUCUGGGUGAUGGACAAGUGAAUGACCAGCCAUUCCUGCGGCACCUUGAGACUCGCACAAGGAAUUUGGCGGAAGGAUAUGGGUCCCGUGAAUUCAGAAACAAGCGCCUGGAGGCCGUGCUGCUCCCUGGGGCAUACAGCAUGGAUACGGUCCAUUUUGAGGAGUUGAUCAAGAAUCUGAGUAAUCUCGUUGAAGCUGGAGAUGUCAACGAUGACUUGGCUUCCCAGCUUGUCUAUCAGCUGAUUGCUGAGUUAUCCAAGCCUCCGCAGUCUGCUUCUGAAAGAUUGAAGGAGCCGCGAGAGGAAAAGCUACCUCUGAAGAAACCUGCUAAAUCUCCAAGCUUGUCUGAUAAUCUCAGCACCAAACCCCGAGACAGCGUGAUGAGAAGCCAAAAGGGCCCAGUUAUUAUAAGGCAAAAAGGAAGGCCAGGGGUUUAUUCAAACAAAACAGUAACGGUACACAUUGGGAGUACAGUUUUCUUGACGAGGGACACCUCUGUAGUAAAUCUGCUUUGCGAAACUGUUAGGGGGAGUGACCCUCGGUAUAAUUGGACAAAAGAUGGAAUGGAAUUGAAGUCCUUGGAGAAAGUGAUUUUGGCAGCCAAUAACAAGAUCCAAAUUUUGAAUCUUACCAAAAAGGAAAUGGGUGUGUAUCGCUGCGUGGUGGAAAAUGACUUCGGUUCUGAUGCAGAAACUUCAACAUUGUUAUAUGCAGAAGCUCCUAUGAUAUUGUAUUCAAUGAGGAACGUAACUAAUUUGGAGCUUUCGAACUUCUCGGUGACUGUCGGUGGUACAAUUCUGGCAAGAACAGGAGCCAAUGUUCUGCUGGAAUGCCCAGUGAAAGGUGUUCCCCCUCCAAAUGUCACUUGGUUGAAGAACGGAAGUUCUGCAAGAAAUCAUUUUUUUACAAUAGUGAAUGGUUCCUUACUCUUGAGGAACAUUUCAUCUGAGGAUUCUGGGAUGUAUACUUGCGUAGCUACCAAUCCUCUGGGGAAAGCUUCAUCCAAAACUUUUCUUCGACUGACUGGUGACAGCUUUCAGGAGCCAAAGACCUCCAGCAGCAGUCGGAAAAAGCGUGUCAUGGCAUCUGCAAGCGGUACAAACAUUAGCGUGAUACCUGGUGAUCUUUUACGGAUUGGCUGUCCUGUACAUCCCAGUAUGAAGAACAUCAUUCACUGGUCCUUUAAAAAUCAACCCAUUGAAGAAAUUCUCGGCUUCAAUCACAGAACUCUGGUUCAAGGCCACAUCCUAGAGGUGAACGUUGUCUCUGAUCGGCUUGCUGGACAAUACGGAUGUUGGACAUCAUCGAGUGUCAAGCCAUUGUCUGUUUGGGUAAAUGUCAAGAAGGAAGAAUAUAGAUGGGAACUUGGCGAUUGGAUCCCUUGUUCUUCCACUUGUGGGAACUCAGGAACUCAGGUCCGAAGACUGCUUUGUGUGAAUUUGGAGGAGCAAAGAGUGAACAAGUCGCUAUGUAAAGAGAGUCAGAAACCAACUAUAAAUUACCGGUCUUGCAGUAUCCGUGACUGUCCUGCCAGGUGGGCCACGACUGCCUGGUCUGACUGCUCUGCUUCGUGUGGCCGUGGAUUUCGCCAGCGGCAAAGAGUGUGCAAGCAAGUGAAAGCCAACGGUGUUGCUAUAACGGUGCCUCCAGGUGCCUGUGCAGACCGAGAACGGCCUUUGGAAAGGAAACCUUGUGUGGGACAUUCCUGUACAGGAUGGAUAAUUCAUCCGUGGGGUCAGUGUGCUGGCCGCUGCAUCGGCCAUGCUGUGGGCUCACAACACCGCCUCGUUCGGUGUCAGCAUCGGAAUGGAUCGGCGCUGUCAUUCUCGCACUGUGACGAAGGGAAAAGGCCGUCUGUUAGAAGAAACUGCUCUACAGAGAAAUGUGACGUAUUUUGGCGGACAGGUCCCUGGAGACCUUGCAGCGUGGACUGUGGAAGUGGAUUCCAGUCGCGCCAAGUUGAUUGCAUCCACAGGAGAAGUAAGAGAUCCAUAGCAGAUCAAUACUGUGCAUGGAGGAAGAGGCCGGUGACCUGGCGACACUGCAAUGUCACUUCCUGUGACAAAGGUGAAUGCAAGGAUACUACUCACUACUGUACCUUUGUAAAACACCUAAAAUUGUGCUCGAUAGAAGUCUACAGACAAAGGUGUUGUCAGUCAUGUGGAGACCGUUUUUCUUCUACGGGAAGCUCAUGAUGCCAUGCUGGAAGAUAUCACAGGAAGAGAAUUGUUUCUCAGUCCAAAGCGCUUCGGAUCAUAAAGACUGAUGAGUAGUACGGGACUGACUAAAAAAAGCAAAACGUAGGAAUAUUCCAGACUGGACGUGUGUUUUUCAUUUGAUUUCUUCCUCUUUCUUGCAAUGGAAGCUGUCAUGGAUGUUGAGAAAAGAAUACCAUUGGCCCUUAUCUGCGGAACAUUACAACUUGAACAGCGUCAGAAGGAAAACUCAUUGGCUGUGAAGCUCUCGGGCAAUACCCCGAUCGUAUCAAACCAGACACAAUUUAGCUUACGUCACUUUUUGAAGAACAUUGGAAUGCAGCGGCCAGUCUGCUUUACUUGUUACAAUGCCUUCCUGGUUUUGAUCCAUUUCUAGACAGUACCGAAACCUAAUAGAAAUUGCUGCCUGUGACUUAUGAAAGUUUUGCCAAUAGCUGCAUUUCCGGAACGUCUGACAAACACAAUGUUAUCGCAGGCUGCAUUUUUAUGAAGAUUAGCUGUCAGAUAGAUCCCCCGUUCAUUUUCCUUCCUUUGUUUAAGUGCCUGCAGUGAAAGCCAACGUACAUGCCGUUUUAUGAUUUUCAGACCUGCCGCGGGACUGUUUUUCAAUCAAUGAGGUGUCAUUUUGGGGAGUGGUUCCCGUGGCGUCUGUUUCAGUCUCACUGGAAUCUGAUCAAAGCCAGGGCACGAUUAGUCUAAUAUGAAUCUAUAUGGGAGCUUGGAAUGAAGGUUUUAUGUUUUGAGAACGGUUCUCUUCUGCUGUCAGAUGGGAAAUGAAAGCGGACCUCUGGCCAAAUGUGUCUGUCAGGCUGGAUUGGCCUUGAAGAAAUGGUCUAUACUUUUCCAGUCACUGGAAAGUUUAAAAAACAAAACAGAAAGAGCUGUUAUACAUUGAGACAGACAUGUGUUAAGCAUCAGCUUCAAUCGGGUUUCAUUCCUCUUGACUAGUACGCAUUUUAGAGUUAUGGCAUGCCAGUAAAUCCUCAAUACGACAGACUUGAAGUAGCUCUUUUUUUAAACUCUUACAAAUUAUGUGUGCAAGUCCAGCAAAAAGAAAAGGCGAUUGGCCUUCAGCGUUUGAGAAAUGAGAACAAUGUGAAAUAGGAAAUACAUGUGCCAAGAUUUAGGAUAAUGGCAUGCUAUUCUGGACACUCCAUCUCCAAAAGGUAUGGGAGAGCAGCCAUAAUUUACCAGGGGGGUGGAAAGAUCGUGAAGUAGCAGGAGGGCAGGAAAGUCUAUGAAAUUAUAGGUGGUGAGAGAGAGAAAUGUUUUUGCCCAUAAUUCUAGUACUGGGGCAGGAUGGGGUAAUAUAAUGAUACUGGUGAUACAUUCAGGACAGAUCAAAGAACCAUAGCCAGAUGACAGGGUGAUAGCAAUUGGCUUAGCUUUGAAAGGAGAUUAGACAAAUUCACAGAGGGCAAAGCUGUUGUUGCAAGCUGUAAGCCACAAUAGGUCAGUCCAGCUGUAAUAUGUCCCUGAUUAUCAGAUGCCGGGGAUGGGGAAGAUGGUUGCCUUGCUUAUGGGCUUUCCGAAGUUGGGCCACUGUUGGAAACUGGGAUGGACUAGACGGACUCUAGGUCUGAGCUAACAAGGCUCUUCUGGUGUUCGGGUUAUAGCCGAGGAUAUUCUGAUCAUUUUCAUUUGCGGGCUUUUGUGCAAAUGUCAGAAGGUGUGGUUCAUUCAACUGGGCCUUAUAGCAGUCGUUCAGUAAAGUAACAGCCAAAGUUUUGGUUUCUGUCCUAACUGUAUUACACAGAUACACUGUGGUUUUGCCUCACUAACUGUUAAACUAGUGCUAGUGGAUAGCAAACCUGUUUUGUGGUUAGCGUUACCCUCCGCUGACUUGCAAGGAAUCAUGAUCUUAUCAAAGACUAGCACUUGGAGCCAGUGUGCAGUUAUUGGAAUUCAGUGGUAAAACUUUUCCUGGACUGUACCACUUCGUUCUGAAUGGACUGAAUUUCGUGGAUGAAAAAAUACUCCCUACAAAGGCCUAGUAUUAACCAACAAAUAGACCACAUGCCAGAGGGAAAGCCAGGCUGGUUGAAGCCUGCUUCUUGACAUGGUGAAUCCAGGGGUUUUAUAACAUGUAGGGAACAUAUAAAAUGCAACCCCAUAGACUGAAAAGGCAGUUUUAUGAAAAGCUUUUCUGCCCAGUUCUGCUGAUUGUAUAUGCAAGCGAACUCUUUUAAGACACAUUCAUGCCAAUGGGAGAAUUAAGUUCCAUUGAACUCAGUGGACUUAGAAGCAAUUACCUUUGGCUGGAUUAUUACCCUAGCUUUCAAAUCAGCCAUGGGUCUUCUCUGUUUAUACCGUUUUUAAAUUAAAACACAUGUAAUAUACUUUUGUAUAUAUUUAUUAUGUGUUCUAAAAGUGCAAUAUUUUUUGUACAGUGUGUAAUAAAGAUUUUGGAACAUAUUUUUUUUUACUGUUGAAAUGAAUCAGUGUUUUCCCAUUGUAUUUAAUAUUGGAAAGCGAUGAACUGGUAGCCCUCCUGUUUUGCUAGUACUUUGGUUAGGAAUGCAUGACCCCAGAGAAGGCAGAGCAGUGAAUG